CGGAAGUAGUUUCGGCCAAUGCCGGAAGAGAAGGCCCCGGCAAACGGCGAGAGCCUAAGAUGGCGGAGGUGGAGGAAGUGACCGAAGGGUGUAACCUCCCCGUGUUGCGCCGUAACCAAGAAAACGAGGACGAGUGGCCGCUGGCUGAAAUCCUGAGUGUCAAAGACAUCAGUGGCCGAAAACUUUUCUAUGUUCACUAUAUUGAUUUCAACAAGCGUCUGGACGAAUGGGUCACUCACGACCGGCUGGAUUUAAAGAAGAUCCAAUUCCCCAAGAAAGAAGCCAAGACGCCCACCAAGAACGGGCUGCCAGGAUCCCGGCCCAGCUCUCCGGAACGUGACGUGAGGAAGACCUUGGAUCUACAGCCAGCCACUCCAUCCAGCGGUAAAACCCUACCUAUCCCGGUGCAGAUAACCCUUCGUUUUAACCUAUCUAAAGAGAGGGAGGCCAUCCCUGGCUCGCCCGACCAACCCCUCUCCUCCAGCUCCUGCGUCCAGCCAAACCAUCGUUCAACGAAACGGAAGGUGGAGGUGGUCUCUCCCGCAACCCCCAUCCCUGCUGUCAGUGAGACAACGCAGGCCUCGGUUUUUCCCCAGAAUGGCUCCGCUCGCCGAGCCGUGGCUGCCCAGCCGGGCCGGAAGAGAAAAUCCAACUGUCUUGGGACAGAUGAGCAGGAUUCCCAGGACAGCUCGGACGGGAUCCCGUCGGCGCCCCGCAUGACGGGCAGCUUGGUCUCGGACCGCAGCCACGAUGACAUCGUCACGCGCAUGAAAAACAUCGAAUGCAUCGAACUCGGGCGCCACCGCCUGAAACCCUGGUACUUCUCGCCCUACCCUCAGGAGCUCACCGCCCUCCCUGUCGUCUACCUCUGCGAAUUCUGCCUUAAGUAUGUCAAGAGCCUCAAAUGCCUCCAGAGGCACUUGAUGAAGUGUGACUUGAGGCACCCGCCGGGCAACGAAAUCUACCGCAAAGGAACCAUUUCCUUCUUUGAGAUCGACGGCCGGAAGAACAAGAGUUAUUCGCAAAACCUUUGUCUUCUGGCGAAAUGCUUCCUCGAUCACAAGACCCUCUACUACGACACGGAUCCCUUCCUCUUCUACGUCAUGACCGAAUACGACAGCAAAGGCUUUCACAUCGUCGGCUAUUUCUCCAAGGAAAAGGAGUCCACCGAAGAUUAUAACGUGGCGUGCAUUCUGACGUUACCGCCUUAUCAGAGACGGGGUUACGGCAAGCUGCUGAUUGAAUUCAGUUACGAGCUGUCCAAAGUAGAAGGGAAGACGGGCACCCCCGAGAAACCCCUCUCGGAUUUGGGGCUCUUGUCGUACCGCAGCUACUGGUCCCAGACCAUCCUGGAGAUCCUGAUGAAUCUCAAGCUGGAGAACGGCGAGCGCCCGCAGAUCACCAUCAACGAGAUCAGCGAAAUCACGAGUAUCAAAAAAGAAGACGUCAUCUCCACGCUUCAAUAUCUGAACCUCAUCAAUUAUUACAAGGGACAAUAUAUCUUGACUCUCUCCGAGGACAUCGUGGACGGACACGAGCGGGCCAUGCUGAAACGAAUUCUACGCAUCGAUUCCAAGUGUUUACAUUUCACCCCGAAGGACUGGAGCAAAAGGGGGAAGUGGUGAAUUUAAAGACAACACCCCCCCCUCCCGGGGCCCUUUGAACUUCGGCAAAAGCGGGGGGGCGGAGGUCCAGGACCUCGGUGUACAGCGGUAGCAGGAGGAUCAGGCUGACACUCACCCCUAUCCCGGACUCCGAUCAGCCCGACGCGUCCUGAAUGGCCUUUUUCCGAGACGGGACCCCGCCAAGACUUUGUGUACAGUAGUUGAAAAAGCACAGAACGGCUUGGGCUCGCCCUGCUUAUUAUAUACGUUCAGACAUUUGCUGAAUGCUCCCCACAACCUCCAGAUUGGGGGGCCGAGGGGGUUUCUGGGGGGUCCCCCCCCCGAGUCCCAUGGUCCUCCGGAUAACAGGAAGAGUGGGUUUGUGGGGUGGUCCUUCGGAGUGGCCAGAUAAUGGAUCCCUUCCCUGAUUUUGGGGGGGGGGGGGGGGGGGAGAUACAGCACUUUGGGACUGAAACCCGGGGGGGGGGGGGGGCACAAGGCAGGACUCCCCCCCCAUCGUCUGCAGCUCAGAAGAGGGGGUGUCCCACGGGCCUCAAGAAUCGAGGAGAAGAGAUGCACUUUUCUCAAGAAGCGACAAAACUCACCUCAUGUCUCUGAUUGGAAUAAAUGAACAAAGUCCUUUUUUUUUAAGGAAAAAGAAUUA